AUGGAUCUGUCACUCCUUUGCACGGAUGACCAAACGCGGUCACCACCAACUCUUACAGACGGUCAAACUGGAGAUUUCAACUCUUUUUCUCUUCUGCACAGUCCCACAGAGAACACGCAGUCUGCAUACCAGACAGGAGCAGAGGCUGUGUCAGAUCUCUCAGACCCCGCUGACGAAUCAGCCGAGACCUUGUCAAACAUUUCACCCACUGACUCAAGCGGCUGUUUGAAGCCUUUGUCAUCCAGCUAUAAUAUGUCAGAGUGUUUGCCACUUUGCUCAGAGCCUGCACCAAAGCAUGAUGAAUUUAGGGUUUGUAGCUAUUUUGGCCCAUCAGAACCUGUAUUACCUCUUUUACCUCACCUCUCACAUGAUCUUAAAUCCCCACUGUCCACUAUUAAAGAACCAGCCCCAUCCUUUUCUCUCAUACAACAAAAUAGUACACCUCAACCUUUCGAGGCCAUGUCAUCUACUUCUGAGGUUUUGACUGAGCCUCUCUCCGGCUGCAGCUUCAGCUCUGACCACAGUCAAACCACCUAUCUAUUAAGGUCAUUAUCACAUCACUCAGAUAGUUUAGAGAGUGAUACAACUAUAGCACCUGUGUCAGACCUUUAUAUCUUUGAAAGUGAGACACAAGACUUCAUCCUGAACCCUAAUGUUGAUCCAGAGGACAUUAAAUUUCCUGAACACCAGCCAUUAUCACAAACAGGGGUAAAAAAUGCAGACCCUGUCUGUGAUACACAUGUCCUCAUGUGUGAUUCAGAAAACGUGGUGACGCAAUGUCAUCAUGGCUCUAGUGAGGAACAAGCUAUGUUGGACUAUGACUCAGACGUGAGCCAACACACAACAACGCCUUCUGUCGAUGUUUUUGAGGCAGGCUUGAUGUCAGUAAAUGAUGCGAGACAAAGGAAAGCAGAGGUCACUGAUUUAACCUUCCAGCCACGGCGCAGCGACAGCCCCAUCGAACUGUGGCUGGAUGCAUGCCAGUACUUUGCAAGUGAAGAUACAGAAGAUAGGAGUGUUUUGGACAAGACAGGUUAUUCUGUGACACACGGAGGGCUCACGGCCACCAGUGACUUGUCUUUUUCCCCAGGAGAGACACAAGAGUCAAGUUACAACCCUGAUGGUUGUGAAGAGAUUGGCUGGCCUGGGGAUGACACUAUAGGUUGGGGGCCACCAGUCGAGAGGUGGUCAUCAGUGGACAGCUGGGCAACCGCUCUCUCAGACUGGACUGGGUUCAUCACAGGUCCACCAGUGGACUUCACAGCUGCCUUCACAGAAAUAGGGGCUGAGAUAGAUGCUUUGACACAGGCACUAUCAGAGGUAAACACUCAUACAGAUACAGAGACGUCUAAAGAAAGAGAGGGUCAAGAGCCGGCAGUGCAGGCACAAUCGCAGCCACCCAUGGGUGUCCAGGAUCAGCCUCUAAAGGCACAAAACAUGCCAGAGAGCUCCGUCCUCGCAGGGCAGAGCUGUCUCUCGAGCGUUGAGUCCUCUCCAUGCGUCACGUACCAGCGCUCAUCCAUGGGAUCAUCUGGUGCUACCAUGGUCUCUCUAAAUGUGAUCCCUGGAUCUACUUCUUCUGCUGAUCUGGACCGUUCUCUCUUUGGUGGAUUUGUUGAGUCCUAUGAGACAGACAUUUUUAUCAGCAGUGAAGAAGAUCCAAUCAUACUGAAUAUCAUAGAGGAUUCAGAUUUGGAGGAACAAAAUGCAUCUGCAGAGCUAAUAACUAAGAAGCCCUUUGCAGAUGGACUGUGUGAAGUGACAGAUGAGUACAGUAUCUCCCAGCUGGGCUCCGUAGCCGAAGCUAAAAGGAGCUUUGGACCAGCUGAGGUUGAUCGUGAAGGAACCGAAUCUUCAACAGAUCUUCAUUUGCUCACUCGGACAGACUCAAGCGUGCCAGAUCUGCAUAUAAAUGUGCAUGCAAACCUGUCAACUGAACCUUUACCAGACUUUGACGGAGCAUGUCAGUUGGAGCCACAGCGGGGAAGUCCCAAGUUUAUUAUGCCCAUAGCUCCUCUGGGUAUAGACUCCUCCCACGUAUGUUGGACAAGCAGCAGUUUGGAAGGAGAUCAAAUCUGUGACAAAAGGUCCCUCAAUGACAACAGAAACCUUAGUAGUGAUCACGUACAACCUUGCAUUCUCUGGCCAACCUCAGAUGGGAUUACAUGUUUGGAAGGUGACAAGGAAUAUAUUCAUGAAAAGGAAAAUACAAUAGAGUCUUCUGAGAAAUUUUCACCAGAAGGACAACUGGACUCGGACACUGCAGACCGUUUCAUCACGGCAAGAAAAACAAUAAUCGAGGAGAUUAAUGACCUCAGUAGAGAACUGUCAAACUUGUCUGUUGUCCCUUCAGAUCAUUUCUUCAUCUCAGAGAAGAACCGCAUUGCAGUCAUCACUUUAGAUUUAGAUGACCAAUUUGUCUCCAGGGCCAUAGGCGUAAAAUCUGAAAAGGCUGAGUUGAAUCAGGAAACAGCUGACAAGAUGCCUCACAAAACCCACAAAUCCACAUCAGAGAGCAGAACACGCACCAAAAAGGACAAGUCAGGGGGUCAUCAUUAUGGUGCACAAGCUUCCAAGAAACAAGAGAAUCUAUCUCAUCCCGUUUUAGCCCAGCAGGUCUGCAAACAGCAAGAAACUCAUCCUCUUACUGGGAAAAAUCAUACCAGUGAGAACGCUCCAGCAGGACUCGAGGACAAGGAGGCUAAAUUGGUGACUGAGUCUGGUGUGACAACUGAGAAGGCUCUAAGUAAGCCACAUGGCAAGAAGAAAAAGAAACAUGGUCAGUGUGCCACGGGAGUGAAAGGUGUAGUAGAGCCACUGGCUGAAGUGGAGAUUGGAGCAAAACCAAAGACUGCAAGAGGAAGGAUUGAUAUGUUUGAGGCCAAGUUGGGUGCUAAAUCUCAAAAGGACAGUGAUCAGACACAUGGUGCUGAGAAAACGCCACAGCAACCAGAGGCUAAAGCUUCGCAGGGAGAACAACCUCCGCAUCAUACGGACCACAAGCCAAAAGAAAAAAACACCAGUCCUUUGAAUGAUGAUAUUAUCAAAAGACGACGCCUAUCAGAGGAUAGAUUUGGGAAGUUUGGGAAGAUUGUCAAUGCUUUGGAGUCUAAACUACCCAAGCCAGACAUUUCUAUCCAGGCAAAGGGAGAGGAGCCCAAAGUAGACGCUGGGGCAACUCGAAAGAAAGCGUACAGUGAAGUAGUCAAACAGACGACCCCAGCGAAGGAAGAACCCAAGGUGGUGAAGCCGAUCCAGGCAGUGGCAGUGAGUGGAGACCCCCAGAGUUUGUGCCUGUGGUGUCAGUUUGGUGAUGUCUUCUCCCACUACACCGUCACCUGGACCCGGGACAGCACUGUCCUGGCUGAGAUCAAGAGAAGUGCAGGGGACGAGAGCAGAGUGUCACUGAACAUCUCCAACGCUUCUCACAAAGACUUGGGCAAGUACCAGUGUAAACUCACCAGUUUACAUGGAUCAGUCACCCUGGAUUACCUACUCACAUAUGAAGCGCUCAGUGAGAUUGUCAUCCCUCCAUCCCCAAAGACCACCCCAUCUGCCCCUCUAGAGAUGGAGUGUGAAGAAGAGGAUGUUCACUGCUCCAGGCUGAUGUUCAAAGAGGAUUUCCUAUCUGACCAAUAUUUUGGAGAGAACCAACUUGCCAGUAUCAUCACUCAGAAGGUCCAUUUUGGGGAGGGGAUGCACCGGCGGGCUUUCCGGACCAAGCUGAAUGUGGGUCAGAUACCCUUGUUACUACCUGGACACCCUUGUGUGCUCAAAGUACACAAUUCUAUCAGCUAUGGGACCAAGAACAAUGACGAACUCAUACAGAAGAACUUUACCUUGGCUGUAGAGGAGUGCCAGGUCCAGAACACAGCAAGAGAGUACAUCAACGCGUACAACGUUGCAGCCCAGUCUGUUGAAACCUUCGGAGAGAUCCCAGAGAUCAUUCCCAUCUAUCUGGUUCACCGUCCAUCCAAUGACAUCCCGUAUGCCACACUGGAGGAGGAGCUGAUUGGUGACUUUGUCAAGUAUUCAGUCAAGGAUGGCAAAGAGAUCAACCUGAUGAGACGUGACUCUGAAGCAGGACAGAAAUGUUGUGCUUUCCAGCACUGGGUCUACCAUAAAACUGACGGCAACCUGCUGGUUACCGAUAUGCAAGGAGUGGGAAUGAGGCUUACUGAUGUGGGAAUAGCCACCUGUAAGAAAGGAUAUAAAGGCUUCAAAGGGAACUGUGCCACCUCCUUCAUUGACCAGUUUAAAGCUUUGCACCAGUGCAACAGGUACUGUGAGAUCCUGGGCCUUAAAUCCCUGCAGCCCAAAGCUAAAAAGCCUGCUCCGAAACCCAAACCACAACCCCAACCCUCUGCUGCACCCAAGAAGAAAACAUUCGGGCCAACAGUGAAGGGAAAGUCAUAAUAGGAGGAGAACCUUGGACUUCAUUGUUAUUAUAAUAUGUUGGGGGUUUUGGUGAUUUGCUUCACGCAGGUUGGAUCUCGUCAUGCAGAGUUUGGUCUGUCAAAUAUGAACCAGAAAGAUCCGCAGCAGGCCAGAUCAUGGUGGGCGCUGACAUGUUUGACUUGUUUCAAGAGUUUUUUUUUUUUUUUGCUUCAUCUCAUGUUGAACAUUUGAGAUUUUAUUUGACAGAUUUCUAUAUGAUAGAGUAUUUAUAACCCUGGGGAGGAGUGUUUAUUUAGUUUUGGGAAAAACUGUGACAGAUUUUACAAACACUUGAAAAUGACGAUGAGGAUGAUGAGUUUGUCGACAGCAUUGAACUGUAAUGUCUUAGAGGUUGCUUCAUUGAUGAGGUGCAAUGAGUUUUUCUUGUUUUUUUUUCUACUUCCGUGAUGUUUUCGAGCUAUAAGUUCAUUAAAUUAAUGAACUUGUUAAUUAAUUGACUGGAGGAAAUGUCAGGUGGAACGUAUGAUGAGACACACAGAGCAGAAGCUGUAUAUUAUUUGAAGUUCUGUAUGAGUGGGUCAUUUUGUGUGUUUGCUUUGCGAGGCGACAGAGACAUUUGAUGAGUGUUUAUUCAGAUUAAUGUUACGUCAUUAUAAUGUUUGUUGAUUUAGUAAAGCUACUGAUAUUUUUAUCCUGGAAAACAACACAGAGACAUUUUGUACACAUAAAGCUCACGUUUAAGACUGCCAUUGAAUGUAUUCACUGAAAAAUGUGAUUUAUUGAUUGAUUGUCAUUUUAUUAUCUGGGGCAGUUCUGCUUGUUAGAUUGAUUUUGAAUAUCUGGCAUUAUUUCAAAGAUCUAUACUGUACUAGUCUAGCUCAGACUAAGGGAUGCAAAACUAAACCCAGUAAUCGCACCACAUUAAAUCCACUUACAUACACAGUCCAUGUGAUCGCAAUAGCGUGCCAGCUAUUCAAUUACAGUCUCUUUAUAAAUAAGCUCUCUGUUCUAUUCUCACUGUUGCCUUUUAAAUCCCUGACACUGAUCACUGACAUGACUGUCAGGGCGCGGCUAUGGCCAGUGUGUAGACUUUGUUAUUAAAGAGAUGUUGCUGAUUGAA